AUGUGCCGGGCUGUUUUGGAUGGCCACACGGACUUCGUGGCGCUGCUGACGGGGCCGAGGUCGCAGGCCGUGGCAAGGGCCCGAGUGAUACUGCUGCGCUCUAGUCUGCGUUUCUCCAUCUCCUACCGGCAGCUGGACCGUCCCACCCGAAUCCGCUUCUCAGACUCCACUGGCAGCGUCCUGUUCGAACACCCUGCAGCUCCGACCCAAGAUGGCUUGGUGUGUGGGGUGUGGCGAGCAGUGCCUCGGUUGUCUCUGCGGCUCCUCAGGGCAGAACAGCUACAUGUGGCACUUGUGACACGGGAGGUCUGGGGGCCCCUCAUCCGGCACCGGGCUCUGGCUGCAGAGACCUUCAGUGCCAUCCUGACCCUGGAAGGCACCCCACAACAGGGCAUAGGUGGCAUCACCCUACUCACUCUCAGUGACACAGAGGACUCCUUGCAUUUUUUGCUGCUCUUCCGUGGGCUGCUGGAAUCCAGGAGUGGGGGACCAGCCCAGGUUCCCUUGCGGCUCCAGAUUCUACACCAGGGGCAGCUGUUGCGAGAGCUCCAGGCCAAUGCCUCAGCCCAGGUGAGCGAAGGACCCAGGUUUCGCUGA